AAUAUCCCAUCGCAUCAUAAGUCGUCCCUGAUUGUGUGAUUCUGUUUGGGAUACAUAAAAAUAAACAUGGAACCCGAGCCUUACUUCCCUUGUUUUGAUGCUUCCUUGUGUUUAAGCAGCAGAUGGUGGUCUAGGGAGACGAAGGCGGUGGUGACGGGAGGGAACAGGGGGAUAGGGUAUGCUUUGGUGAAGCGCCUUGCAGAAUUGGGAGCGACGGUCAUCUUAGCGGCCAGGAACAGAGAGAAAGGAGAGGCUGCAUUGAUGUCACUCCGAGCGGAAGGUCUUGCUGAUGUUCAUUUUCUGUUACUGGAUGUGUCUGAUUCCCUUUCUAUCACUGCCUUUGCAUCCGCCUUCAAAGCCAGAUUUGGACCCACCUUGGAUAUUCUUGUGAACAAUGCAGGGGUAUCAUUCAAUGAACUGCAAGAGAACUCGGUGGAGCACGUAGAAACAGUGAUGAACACCAACUUCUACGGCCCAAGGUUGCUCAUUCAGGCUCUCCUCCCCCUCUUUCGUCCUAAUUCUUCAAAUAUCAAUCGCAUUCUCAAUGUGAGCUCCAGGCUCGGAUCUCUAGAUAAGGUGAGAAACUCGGAGAUAAGAAAAGUUCUAGAGGCGGAGAAGCUGAAGGAGGAGGAGAUAGAGGAAAUAGUGACAAUGUUUGCCAGAGAUGUGAAGAGUGGAAAGUGGAAGAGCAGAGGAUGGCCAGUAUACUGGACAGAAUACGCAGUGUCGAAGCUAGCUCUGAAUGCGUACUCGAGGGUUCUGGCAAAACGGCUCCAAGGAAGCAUAAGCGUGAACUGCUUCUGUCCCGGUUUCACCAAGACCUGCAUGACAAAGGAUCAGGGCACUCACUCCCCCGACCACGCUGCUUCCCUCGCCGCCACACUUGCCCUGCUUCCCCGUCAUCUCUUGGCCACUUCCAAAUUCUUCUUGCUUCGCUCUUCCAAUCCCCCCCGCUCCCACCUUUCCAGACUGUAAUUCACUCUUGGGCCUUUUGGGCAUCGCCCCACUUUAGCCCAAUUGAAACUAGCAAUUUGGUCAUUCCGUGAGAUCAGGGUCAAGAAUGUGGAGACUUGGAUAAUUUCCUUGCUCACUCUCAAUGUAAUCUCUGGAUAUUCCAUAUCAUCCGCCUGUUUUAAUUAUUCAUUUAGUUUAAUGGAAUGAG